AUGGCACUGUUGUUUCUUUUACUAAUUUUCUCAAAGGAAUUUUCGAACGUUGCUUCGGAGGAUUACUCCUCCGACAAUAGGACGCUAUCGCGAGGGAAGCGGUUCCUUCUCUUUCCUGUAAACGCUCAAUUACUGUUUACCGUAUCCGGUGGGAAAGCGUUGCUUUUCAAAGGCCCUGGCGGAUACAAUGUGAUCACUGAGUUGGACAUGUACCACCCAUUGCCAGACUACCGUAACCGACUGACGUCGCUGAGAUUGGGAGAAGUUUCUCUGUUGCCAACGGGUACAACGACUACAACUACGGCAGAGCCUACUGCGUACAGCAUGGACGAAACACCGUCUGCAAUGGAAGUGGAACAAUAUCUGAAGGAUCACCCGGAUGAGUGGACUCCACCCGACGCAGUCGGAUACAGUUCCGAUCGAUCCGAUUGGUUCCUACCGUGGACCGGUGAAAUCUAUAAUCCGCACGCAGAGGGGGAGUAUCCCGCAAGCAUGGAUCAUUUGGUGGGGCACUUUGAUCGAUACUUUCCACGGAAGAAAAGAUUCGCUGAACAGGACAACGACGACGACGGAGAAGGCUACGAGCACGAGAUGGAUCGUUUCAAUCUUAGUCAGCACCGCCACUGGGAGCACUUCUAUCACUACCGGGAUCGACGCGAGCUGUUUCAUGCGUUAGAACAGCAGGCCGGUGAUAGAACGAUCUGUGAGGUGCGAAGGUUGAACUUUCCUCCGAGUAGAUCGAUGAUAAUGGAUCUGGUGCAGAUUGUUUUUCGAAUACCACUGAGAGAGGAACUUCAUGAUGAGUAUAGUGCCGCCAUGAGGCAAGAAAGCCUGGAUUGUCAUCGGUUGUACGGUGAAAAAUGUCCGAUUAGCAUUUUUAAUCUGAUAUUAUUUGGUAAAUUUGUUCCAUAA